CUUUGUAAACACGCCCACCAAGGUGACGCUGGGAGCUGAUCAGGCUUAUCGUUUUGUCGCCUGUAAACACAGCUGGAUCCCGGUAGAACACAGGCGCGAUGCUGCGGGUCCUCGGUGCUUCUCAGGUCCGGUUCCUGAGGCGCACGGACGGUUCUUWUUAAAGACGCAUGGGACUAGACCUGGAUCUGCAGCGCGGAGGGRAAAGGAGCGAGUUUCCAAAGUUUGUAGUCAUUUCUGGAACAGCUACCUGAAGGCUGGAGCACCAUAAUGGAGCUUAAAAAGAAAGAGAGCUUUAGUCGAGUGGCUUUUCGGAAGAAACAACGGAGUCUGGAUAUUCAGGAGCAGGAAGCUCAAGAGAGGAGAAGCAAAACUCCAUGUUGCCAGACGAAAAGCGCCGAAGAUGAGAACUGUGUGGGAGUGAAAAUCGAACAGUCCAGAGCUCUCGGCAGCAGCCUGAUUUACAAACAGCCCAGCGCCUCCACCGUGCAGGAUUGUUUGAAUCGAGCGACUGCAGUGACCACUAACAGGACCAGAGGAGGGGUCCAUGGCAGAGGACCUGGCAGCAGGCCUCGUCUGCCGUCUAAACCUGAAG